AUGGGCAACAAAUUCACAAUGGAGUCACCUAAACAUUUGGUGGAUGAUGUGCUUUUCAUAUCACCCACCAAUGAUGGAUCAGAAGGAAAGCCUACGGAAGUCACGUUCCAGGAAGAUGAAGGUCAUGACGCUAGCUUGCAUAAUCGCAACCAUGACAAGAAGUCGGAACUGGCCACCGAACGAGAAAUUAUGGCUACAACCACGGAUGACGAUGGUAUCCCGUCUCCUUCUCACCCAAUGGAAAAGCGUGUUCUGCGCAAAAUGGAUAUUUACUUGAUUCCGCUUAUGGGACUACUAUAUUUCCUUUCCAACUUGGAUAAAUCGAAUAUUGGUAACGCAGAGGUUGCAGGUCUAUCCAAGGACAUCAACCUUGUUGGGACGCAAUAUAACACAUGUGUCACUGUUUUUUUCGCGACGUAUGUGCUUUUCGACCCCAUAGGUACUAACCUUCUGAAAAUCAUGGGUCCGCCAUUAAUGAUGAGUAUCUGUUUGACCUGUUUUGGUGCUAUUUCUUUGGGGACUGCUUGGGUUAAGAAUUAUGCUCAAUUGAUCGUCGUCAGACUACUGCUAGGUGCCUUUGAAGGUAUGAUUUAUCCCGCUAUUAACAUGUAUCUUUCGGUCUGCUAUAGAAGAGAACAAUACGCCCUGAGGUUCGCCUUUGUCUUCAGUGCAGCCUGUUUGUCUUCAUCUUUUGGUGGGCUGAUUGCUUACGGUUGUUCCAAGAUUAGCGGUGCUUUAAAAGAUUGGCAAUACAUUUACAUUGUCGAAGGUUGUCUCUCCCUGGGGUUCGUACCAUUCUAUGCCUUCGGCUUGAGCAAAAAUUUGGAAGAUUCGUGGUUUUUCAAUAAGGAGGAAAAAGAAUACAUUUCCGAGAGAUACAAGACAAUGAACACUUUUGACCCGGACGAAAAAUUCGAAUGGUUCCAAGUGUGGCAGGCCGUCAAAGAUGUCAAGACUUGGGCUAGUGCCGUUGCCUUAUUCGGUAUCGAUUUGACUACUUUUGGUCUAACUGUCUUCUUACCAAUCAUCAUUACCAGUAUGGGGUUCACGAAUGUCAGAGCCCAAUUGAUGACCGUCCCCAUCUAUUUCCUCACAGCAAUUGUGUUCUUCAUCUGUGCUGUUUGGUCCGAUCGUAUAAAGUUAAGAUCUCCAUUCAUUUUAGGUGCUUGUCUGACAACUUCGAUAGGUAUAGCCAUCGUCCUUGGUUCUCAAGUUCACGGUGUAAGAUAUUUUGGCGUUUACAUUCUUUGUAUGGGUAUUUACGUUAAUGCCGCCUGUAACUGUUUAUGGUUAAGUGGUAAUACCGGUAAUUACUUCAAGAGAGCCACCGCUUUAGGCAUUAAUCUAUUUUUCGGGUCAGGUUCAGGUUUGGUCUCUGGACAAAUUUUUGUCGCCAAAGAUAAGCCAAGGUAUAUCAAAGGGCUGUCCAUUAGUUUGGCCUUCCAAGUCUUCUCCAUAUUUAUGACAAUUGUACAGAUUUUCCUAUACAAGAGGGAAAACGAUAGAAAGAAGGCAAUAAUCGAUCGUUGUAAUGAACUGGGAGAACCUAUUCCAUACGAUGAAAGAUUAAGCGACAAAAACCCUGAGUUCAAAUACAUGUAUUAG